UAAUGAGCUAUACUUUAAUGGAAAUGCGUGCUGAAGAAUUAAAAAGAGAAAAUUUUUAUGUGCUCAUUUUUGACGAAUGCCAUAUGCUUAAAGAAUCCAAAACUAAGAGAACGAGUGUUGCUGAUGCUUUAGCGAAAAGAGCCAACAGAAUAAUUUUACUCAGUGGAACCCCAGCAUUAUCCCGCCCAGCAGAAUUAUUUUCACAAAUAAAAAUGAUUGACCCAAAAAUCUUCCCUUACUACAAACAUUAUGCUUUUCGUUAUUGUGAUGGAAAAAUGGGGAGAUUUGGUUUUGAGGCUAAAGGGCAAUCUAAUGCUGAAGAAUUAAAAGCUGUUAUGGAGAAAAUUAUGAUUAGACGAUUAAAGAAAGAUGUUCUUGAAGAUUUGCCUGAAAAACGCCGUGAAAUUAUUUUUUUGUCUGGAGAUGCUAUUGAUAAUAAAAUGAAACAGUUACUUAAAGCUAGAGAAGAAUUUGAGAGCGCUAAUAAAUUUUCUAUAGAUAACAAAACCAAAAGACAAACAUUUUUGGAAUAUUAUGUAUUAACUGGACAAGUCAAAAAGAAGCCUGUGGCUGAACAUAUAGUCGACACUUAUUUUUAUGAUGGAGCGCCGCCAAAGAAAAUUUUGGUUUUUGCACAUCAUUUGGAAAUUUUGGAUUUUAUUAGUAUUGAAUUGGCUAAAGUGGGAGCUCAUUUUAUCCGAAUUGACGGGUCUACCCCAGCCAGGGACCGUUCUACUUAUUGUGAACAAUUUCAAACAGAUAAAAGAAUAAGAGCUGCUUUGUUAAGUAUAACAGCUGCUGGGACUGGAAUUACUUUGACGGCUGCUUCUGUUGUUAUUUUUGCUGAACUUUAUUGGAAUCCUUCGGUUUUUUUCAUUUUUAUUAGAGACAGGAAGAGGAUUUUGGGUUUCUGA